AUGGCAAUUAUUCCUAUAAGAGUACCGAUUGCAACCAAUCCCCAAUACACCCACAACCGAUCACUAUUCUCACCCUUACCAUUCAAUUACAGUAGUACAAGCGUUUAUAACGUAGGAGCUACGAGAGCUGCUAUAUCAAGCUUGUUGGCAACAAGAAGAUUUUUUAUUACAGUUUAA